UGAGUCGGGUAACUUUUGUUGCGUUCGCUUUGGGCGUUUACGCGCUUAAGCGUCAUUUUAUCUUUAUCGCUCAUUACCUGCGGGAAAAAGACAGAAUGACGCUUACGGCGCAAAGCGCCCAAAGCAAAUACACCAAAAGUUACCCGAAUUCGCAGCACUGGUUCAGCAGGGGUGCGUUCAGAUUCUUCAUCCGGGUGCACUCUAUUAUACUAGAAACACUAUAGUAUAUGUUACAUAUACUAUAGCACUUCUAGUAGAAUACAUUCGGAUGUGAAAUUUGAACGCAGCCUUGUGCAGCUCAAAAGAACAGGUGAAGUGUUGUUUAUGCUUGAUAGAACUUCUCUGAUAGAACCUAUAUUAAAUUAAAAGGUUAAAACAGGCACAAUGUUUAUACUUGCUGAUUUAAAAGACACGGUGAGAACACCGCCAUCCAACUUUAAACAAAAAUUAAACGAUAUGAUCGCUGAAGAAUUGAACAGAAAGCUCGUUAACAAGGUUUACAUAAAUGUAGGUCUUUGCAUUAUUCUAUAUGAUAUCACAAAAAUUGAAGAAUCACACAUCUUCCCAGGAGACGGAGCUUCACACACAAGUGUGUCAUUUCGUUUUGUUGUUUUCCGUCCAUUCAUGGAGGAAAUAUUAAUAGGCAAAAUUCGUAGUUGUAGCAUUGACGGUAUAUAUGUCACAUUAGGGUUCUUUGAAGAUAUAAUCAUACCACCCCAUAAGUUGCAACACCCAUCGCGUUUUGAUCAAAUGGAUCAAGUAUGGGUAUGGGAAUAUAAGACUGCUGAUGGAGAAAUACAUGAUUUAUUUAUGGAUGCAGAUGAAUUGAUAAGAUUCAGGAUAGUGGAUGAGUUCUUUACAGAGGAAUUACCCAAGCCACCUGAUGCAGCUGAGAAACAAGAAACUAAUAAAACCCCACCAUAUAUUUUACAUAGCUAUAUUCUUCGUCCUAAUCCAUGAAACAGUGAUUUUCUCGCUGAAGAAAUCAUAUGACGAUCGUGUACAAAGCGAAAUCGUCGACGCUUCAAAUUAAAGUGUAAAGUUUUUCACGAAAAAAAGUAAGCAAAUUUUAUUUCUUCAAUUAUUUAUGGAUGUCAUCUUCAAUCACAAAGUUAGUUUUGUAUUUAUUACAAAAUUAACGGUUAUAAAAUUUGUGAAAUUCUGCAGCUGAGGCACACAUGUAAACAUAAAUGUACAUAAUUAUAUAUAUUUAGAAAAUCAAAUUUUUCGACAAUCAAUUUUAUUCGGACUGCAAAAUUCUAUCAAAAGCUUAAUCUGUUAAGAUUAUUGAAUGAAAAAAAUUUUGCUCGAAUUUAAUUAAUGUCUAGACUUUAAAGAAUUAAUAUGAAAUGUUUUAUUUACAUACC